AUGUCCGCUCCUAAAAUCAUCCUAUACACCAACCACCUUUGCCCGUGGGCUCACCGCGCCCACAUCGCACUCAAGGAAUCUGGCCUCGACUACGAGGAAGUGAUUAUUGACCUCGACACACCCCGUGAGCCCUGGUACCUGGAAAUCAACCCACGCGGCCAAGUCCCCACUCUCUCAUACAAUGGCAAUAUCAUCGCUGAAUCCGGUAUUAUUGCCCAAUUCAUCGCUGACGCCCACCCCUCCACCCUCCUCCCUCCGUCAGGCACCGCCGAGAACGCCCUAGUCCGCGCUCGUAUCUCCUUCCUCGUCGACUCUUUCUUCAACAAGGUCGUCCCCCACUUCCUUGCUAGCAUCCGCUCCGCCUCCGAGGAAGAGCGCGAUGCCGCCGCACAAGCACUGGCUGCUGCCGCUGCGAAGGAAAUCGAGCCUCUUCUCGCAGAGACCGAUGGCAAGGGACCGUUCUUUGGAGGAAACGAGAAGAUAACAUUGGCUGAGGUCCAAUCUGGAUCCUUCCUUCUCCGUAUCUUGGGCUUCACUAAGCCUGAGCAUGGAUUGGUCAGUAAGAAUCUGCCUGCCCUGUUGGAGGCCCAGGCACCACGAUUCAAGCGCUGGGCUGAGGCUACAGCGCAGCAGGAGAGUGUCAACUUUAUCUUUGAUUUGAAGACUGUUGCGGACCGGAUGCGUUCUCGGUAUGCGCCUAAGAACUAG